AUGCGGCCGUUCAUCCCUGACCAGGACAUCGGCUACUUUGAGAGCUUCCUGGAGAGCAUCGGCAUCCGGGAAGGGGGCAUUCUGACCGACAGCUUCGGCCGCAUCAAGAGGAGCAUGAGCAGCACCUCGGCCUCGGCCGUGAGGAGCUACGACAGCUGGUCCUUGCACUCCGACGCAGAGUCCUUCAAUCGCCGGAUCGCCAACAUCACCCACGACAUCGAAGCCCUGGCGGGGGACGAGGAGGAAGCGGGCGCUGGGCCCGGGAGCGAUGAAGACAAUUAUCUCUAA